CACGGCGCCGGAGCAGGACCAACACAUUCGUCGUCGAGGAGGGGGUGCUGCUGGCUGGCUAUGGCGACAGAGACGAGAGGGGAUCCCAUCUUCAACUUCUCUACUGACUGACUUGUCUUCUUCAUUAUUCUGGAAUUGAGAGCUACCGUUGUGCGCCCUGUCGCCUUGCUCACUCAGGGACGGCAGGGUCAGAUCUCCCCCUCCUCCUCGCUCAAUCACCCCCACCCCUCCAGCGACAAUGGAGUGAAGAUUGCACGCCUGCAGUCGUUUUCCCUUGUUCCAGUGGACGCGUGUGGGGAUGGCUUGACCGAGGGUUUGGGUUCUUGCAUGCAGGAACUGAGGUUUGAGGAUUGUGUGGUAGUUGCACUGUCAGAGACACCACGCACUGGUCUUUCUUGUAUUCUCUUGACCUGGCCGAUUCUAGACUUUUUCUUGUGCCUGGUCAGAGUCGAUGGUUUGGCAUGGGGAUCUGUGAGGAUUUGAGGUGAGGUGUGGUUGAAGCGAGAGACUUGCAGCGUUAAGUGAACGUGAAAGGGAGUUGAAGACAGCAGGAUUUGAGUUGGUUUUCGAAAGUGUCAUAAUUCUGGGAUAUUUGUGAUGAGUGUUUGUCAAGGAUCGCAGGGGCCAGCUUAGGAGUAUUAUUUUAAUUCUUCGAAAAGUAUGGAACGAUUGGGCUGCUUUUGAGGUGUUCGCGAUUGGAUCUAUUGGUGAUAUCUACAUGAGAGUAAGACGUCAGAGCUGUUGGUGUGAUAUGUAGGGAAGGAAGUUGAGGAAGACCAUUGAGACGCGAUUUCUGAAGAAGGUGUGGACGUAAAGAGACGCUGCGAAUAACAACCCUGUCAUUGUACCUGCUUCUCGUAGUGAAUUGAUCAGUUUCAUGAUUUUUUUUUCCCCCUUUCCCAUUUUGGAAGUACGUGUUGCGACCCUUUACAUUUGGGUUAAAGCGGACGGUGCUAUUGCGCCUGAUAGGUGAGUGAGUAUUCCGAGAAACGGCGUUUCUUUGCGCACCUUCGAUAACGAGCUCAACAAAUGAAAAAGAGACGACAAGGGCUCCAACCAUUAAGCAAAGAUUUGUCAUGUGGUGGGAUUACUUGAUGGCGGCAGCGGAAUCGCACGCAAUAUGCCAGCGGGCGGCGGAAAAGCGUGCUGUCCAGGAGGAUACUGCCAAAGCCCCCAAAUUAGCACACCGUCCUUCCUUGAAAGCACAAGACUCCUACUCCUCCUUUGGCAACAGUUGCGGCUCUAUGGAUACAAAAGUUGACUUACCACGACAGAUUAGUUCUAGCGCUCAUCGUGACUAUAGAUCCGAGUAUCUGGGAGUAGAGGAUGUUCUCUUGUCGCAGUUCAAGCCACGUUUGCAAGAUAUUGUUGCCGAGCGGAGCUGCACAAAGCUUGGGAUCUCAGCAGGUUACAUCGGUGUGCCAUCCGAGUAUUCUGUCAGCAAUGAAGUCGAUCUCGGAUGGCAGUUUGUUUUGGAUCCAAAACCUAAGUUAGUUGAUGUGUCUGAAACCAAAAUGCGGGAUAAGAAUCUUGAAGGGGACGAUAUUUCCCCUCCUUUAGUUGAAGAAGGUGGUGAAGGCGUACCUACAGACGAUGACGAAGCAAACAAUCUCAGCUUGGUGGCGCACGUGAUGUUACCGAAAACCGUUCAAGAAUUUACAAGUCAGCCUUCCACCUCUAGCUUCGAAUCAGAAGAAAGACCGGAAAAACUGGAAAAUAUGUGGAUACGUAGAAUAGAAGAAGCAGAAGAUCUUAUCUUGACUGGACAGUCAACAAAAUGCCUUCCAACACCCAUAUCUGCAUCCACAAAUACACGAUCUCCGAAUGCAGGAAGUUCGUGGCGUACAUCGGACAAGGAAGCUUUAGCUGUCUUUGUUGCACAGAAGUCAUUGGAAAUGGUUGAAAAUUGUGAUCUUCCAACUCCAAGAUCAGGAUUUAAAUUCAAGGCAUCUUUGGACGGUUGGGAAGUGCUGGAGGAAGGUCCUCAUGAUAUUUCGAAAUCUUUGGAUCGCGAUUUGCUCUCUUCAGUAUUUCAGGGUGGUAAACUCUCUUACCCUGAGGAUCUGGGCAUGCAGGCAAGCUCUCGUAUGUACAGUAAAUCAGAGUCCCAUGCCACACCUUUCCUUCUGGCAACCGGUGAGCAUCUCAACAUUUCCAAUGCACCGGCCCAGGAACUUAUUUCAAAAAACUACAGUGCUGACAACAGAAAUACAAGCUGCAGUGGUGGUGGAGGAGUGGUUGGCAGUUCCUCAAGCAAGCACACAUGUCCUCUGGUGGAAGCAUUGUGUCACUCGCAAACUCGGGCUAGAGAGGCUGAAUUGAAAGUUGAGCAGACCAAGAGAGAGUAUAGAAAGCUGUCACAGCUGUUUUUCCGAGAGGCAUCUUUGUCCCUUACAUACCGUCACUGGAUUGCUUCUUUGCAAGCAGAAAAUGCCUGGCUCAAGGUGUGUGUCCAAAACCGGCAUGGGGCUGUGUGGGUUAAGCACUUCACAUCAACUUCUGCCGGUCUCGACCAUUUGUCAGAAAAUUCUCGGAAGCACUUCGAGAAGGGCAGCAUUCACCGCCAGAUGCUUAAGUACUUCUCAACUGUUUUGCGUUGCCGGGACCCAAGCGCACCCGUGAGAAAUGUUGGAGGCGACAGAAGAACUAAAAUCGUUCUGAGUUAUGCCAUUGGAUUGGCAUUUGCGCUUGGUCUUACACUUGCCGGCACUAGUCUUAAGCUAGGGUGGAUGGAUAGCAUGAUCCUUCAUUUUUAAGGGAUAAUCUACACUACUUCACGAAGGACUGUUUCUUAAGUAGGUCCCAUGGAAUGUGAACUCCGAAGAAGUGUGUAAUCAUGAAGGCACUCAGAAGAAGUGCGUAAUCCCCAUGUGAUUCAGUUCCAGCAGCACCGAGAGCUGGAGCUGGGGUGGUUCGGCACCAGGUAUCUAUCUAUAUCUGGAGGACGAGAUAGAGGCCCUCUAGUGGAUGCCAAUGCAAAGUGCUCUUUUAUUGCAGGAAGGACUGGAGUAUCACCAAAUCAUGUCACACUGGUUCUACUUUCCUCCAGCUUCUUCUGCAGUUUGUUGUUUGUUGUUUGUUGUCUAAUUGACUUGUUGGAGGACAAUACAAACUCUGCUCUCUCAUGGCUGAGUGUUUGGAACCAGCUUUUCACGUCUUGAACAUGCAGCGGACCCUCUGAUCAAAGCUCUCACCUCCGUCAUUUCCCUGCAGAAAAAAAAAAGCCUUUUUUGGGGCCCAUGCACUAAAGAAGAACCUUUUUCUUAUUCAUUCAUUCCUUAUUCUUUGCUUGCAUUCCUGUGGAUUUAUAUGUAACUUUGGACCUUGUGUAAUGAUUACUUAAAUAAUCUGUUUAAUUUUAAUUUUUCUCUUGUAGAGUAGCUAUUUAGAUCCCAAAAGCUAAAGUACUCUUAGGAGAAGUUUCUAUAAUUAUAUGAGGCACGUAAGAAUAUUUUUAGAUUCUAUUUGUGUCCACAAAACUUGUACAAUUUCACAAGAUAUUAUUAAUUCUAUUUAUUACCACUAAA